AUGCAUUUGAGGUAUUAUUUGAAUGAAGAGGGAAAAAGAGUGUAUACUUUAAAAAACACACUUGAUGAUGGUUCAUAUACAUUUAAUGCUCAUCCUGGUAUUGAUAGGAAAUAAUUUUAUAGCAAGAUUUAGUCCUGAUGAUUUAAAUUAGAAAUAUCGUGUUGAAUUAAAGAAGAGAUUUGGUUUGUUACCAACUUAAAAUGAACCUCAUUAAUUUUGA